GGAGGAAUAAACCCGUUUGUCGACUCCCCAUCUUCUUAUAUAAACCCUUCUUAAACCCUAACUCAUUUCACGCCUCUUUCAAAAUUUGAAUCCAUUUCGCCAUCCACACACCCAGCUACCGAAGAAGAAAUGGAGUUUUGGGGCGUCGAAGUCAAAGCUGGACAAACUCUCAAAAUUCAUCCCGAAGAAGGAAAACUGAUUCACAUUUCACAGGCAGCAUUGGGUGAGGUGAAGGAUGUGAAAGGAGCCAAGAAUGUGCCGCUUCGUUUGAGAAUCGAUCUCAAAAAUUUCAUAAUCGGAAGUCUUGCUGCAGAGGAUCGAACUCAGUUGAUGUUUGAUUUGGUGUUCGAAAAGGAUUUCGAACUCUCCCAUGAUUGGAAAAACGGGAGCGUCUUCUUUAUUGGAUACAUUGCUGAUGAUCCCACUGACGGUGAUGAGUUUUCCGAUGAAGACGAUGAAGAGGAGGAGGAGCAUGAGCAUGUGCACACCGGUAAAUGUGACCACAAGCCUGCCGAAGUGAAGGCCAAGAAAGAAGCUCCGGCGAAGCCUGUACUGACUAAGUUAGAAUCCGAUUCUGAUGAUGAUGAAAUCGACAGUGAUGAUUCCGAUGAAGAAAUGGCUGUGUUGGGUGAAGAUGAUGUCAGCGACUUAUCUGGCGAUGAUUCUGAGGAUGGGAGCUCUUCCGAAGAGGAAGAGUUACCUAAGGGUAAGCAGGCUAAGAAAAGACCAGCUGAACCUGCACAGCAAAUUCCUGCUCCAGCAAAGAAAGCUAAAGCAGCUACUCCCGACAACAAGCAAGGUAACAAGAAGGGCCAAAAUGCUACUCCACCUUCAAAAGCAGCUGCUGGAAAAAUGCCAGCUGGCAACAACAAGUCGAACGAGAAGUCCCCUAAAUCUGCUGGACAAUCCGCAAACAAGUCGGGGAAGAAAAACUUCCCCUCUGGGAAGGCUCAGGUCUCACACUCCAAGGGUAAGCAUGGAGGCAAAUGAAGUUCCGACGGGUGAUCGGGGAAUUUCGGAAGCAAUUUUGAUUGAUAAUAUUAUUGCAUUAUAAAAUUAUUAUAUAUAUAGCCUUUGAAGAGUGUUAUCUUAAUCGUAGCGGAUUUUGUAGCGGGGAUGGGGAGUCUCGUAAUCCUUGUUUCUAUUUCGGCAAGUUUCACUCUGAAUUUUAAUUAUUGUUUUCAUGGAUUUUAGAUUUAAUUUUAUUAAAAUCAUUGAGUUGCAAUGAAUUGUUGUCGCUUGUUUUCAUGUUAUGCUUCUCCUUGAAUCUAAAUUUGACUUUAGAUA